AUGCAUGUGCGCACGGGCGCUCGCAGGUACUUCAACUGCACGCUCGAGAACCUGAGCCACGAGCGCUGCUCGGUGCCGUACUCGUGCUGCAAGAAGAACGACUCGUUGUUGACGUCAGGCGAUGUGGCAGCGAGCCUGUUCUGCGGCAAAAACGUGCUCAACAUGACCGACAGCGACGCCUGGCACAAGGUGCAUAUCGAGAGUUGUACGGACGCGAUCAACCGGUUCAUCAGGGACAACGUGAUCGUGAUCGGCGGCGGCAGCGUGGUGAUCGUCGUUCUGCUCUCAUUCGUCGACAUGCUCACCAACACGGUCAUCGACGAGAUCGACGUCAUCCGAUCGAUUUACGACAACAUCCACGCGGCCGCCUCGCCAUAG